AUGCUGAUCACCAUGAAACAUAACCCCAGUGCCAUGUCUGUUUCUGCCAUCCUCCCACUGCUGCCUAUUGAUCUGGACCCCAGAUUUCAUAGGCUCUUUUCAGCAAACACAUCUGAAAGGGACAAUGAUGAAGUUGACGGCAACAAUAUAUGUGGUUUCAGAAAGAAAAAGGGAAUUAAAGGUCCAACAAAGUACAUUCCUCCUCUAGAAAAUGAAAAGAUGGAGCUGUCCUGCAUUUCAGAAAUCCCAGAUCCGUGUCCUCAUCAAGAAGCUACUGGUUGCUCAGAACCACCAUCAGAACCACCGUCAGACCUAUCUCUAUCUCUUCAAAACCUGACUACCUCUCCUUUAGUACAAAAGGGCAGAGGGGGUUGUGACAGUUCCCAUACUGACAGCAGAGUAAAAGAAGGCAUGUCUGGAGAAACAAGAGAAAACCAGGAAAAUGAUGACACUGGGAAAAGAAUAUUAGGGCAAAUGGAUGAGGAAAUAGAUAUACCCACUAAAACAGAGCAGCCCACAGGUGAGCAACCUGCAAGGAGUGCAGGGAAAGCUGCAUGCACAGAGGCAGCGCACAGGGGAGAGCACGAUGAGAAAGCAGAGAGUAAGCAAGAACAGUGUGGGGUGGAAGAAAGACAUGUCAAGUUUCACGUGACAAAGGUGGGCUCCCUGGAUGGUACUGUAACCAUACAAGGACACGGUACUGCAGAGUCCUUCCCAGGGGCACCUGGCAUUUCUAAACUAAGUGUGCAAGAGCUGAAAAACCUGCUGAGUGAAGGUUCUCUGUCUGCUCCUGAGCCCAAUUACAGUGGCAAGGCAGGUGGCACUUUUCCUCAGAAAAACGUGAAACCCCGGGAGAAAACAGCUGACAAGCAGGGCCGACCCUUUGAGGCUUUUAGUCCCCUUUUUGGUGAGGAGAACCGAAAGUACCAUGGCUUCCACAAGGAGGGAGUGGGGCAGCAAAGCAAACCUCUGCUGGUCCUUAGCUCUGCUGGGUCUGAUCAGCAGCAACCAGUGGGAAGCGACGUGGAUCAACUCAUUCUGGGACUACCCGUGGCUUCUCCACAUGCAGAAAGCACAGCUACCGGGAUUCCCUUUGACUCCUCUGCAGGCCAUGCUGCACCCAGCAGAGAGCCUGAUGUAAACGGCCUCAGAAGUCCAACUCUCCUUCAACUAUUCUCUCAUAUUGAAUUUAUUAAGCAGCAGAUGGCCAGGGACAACGUACAGUUUGUUAGGUUUGAAUCAAUAGACCUCCAUGGUGUGUCAAGAUCAAAGAAUAUUCCUUCUCGCUUUUUUCAUGAGAAAGCAAUUCAUGGUGUUGCCAUGCCCAGAAGUUAUCUUGAGCUGACGCUGAAUCCUAAAGAUAAUGAAUUAGAUUACAUAAAUGCAACCAAUUUUAAUUGUGACAUAAUCCUGAACCCGGAUUUAUCAACGUUUCGAAUACUACCCUGGACUGAGCAGACUGCAAGAGUGAUAUGUGAUUCCUUCACCGUGCUGGGUAACCCGCUAAUGACCUCACCAAGGCACAUUGCCAAGAAACAGCUGAGCCAGCUUCAGGACAAUGGCUUUUCUCUGCGCUCUGCCUUCACUUAUGAAUUUUGUAUUUAUGGUAUUACUGAGGUUGUAAAUUCAAAGACAAUAUCCUUUCCUGCAGCGACGAUACUAAAUAACCAUGACCAGACUUUCAUUCAGGAGCUCAUUGAAGGAAUGUAUUAUGCUGGUGCCAACAUUGAAAGCUUUUCUUCUUCCACUGGGCCUGGGCAAAUGGAGAUCACUUUUCAUCCAGCAUUUGGCAUAGAUGCUGCUGACAGUGCUUUCACAUUUAGAACAGGCAUUAAAGAGGUGGCUAAGAAGUAUAACUAUGUGGCUAGUUUUUUCUCAGAAUCAGGAUUCUACAACUCAGGGGCUCUGUCACAUAGCCUGUGGGAUUUGAACGGCCAGAAGAAUUUGUUUUCUGCUGGUUAUGGAGUUGAGGAGCUCUCAGAUAUUGGAAAAAAUUGGUUAUCAGGUCUCUUGGCACACACAGCAGCUAUCAGCUGCUUGAUGGCUCCUACCACCAGCUGCCGUAAGCCUUUUUCUAAAUACAGUAAAGAAUCAAAAGACACUGUAAAUGCAAAAUGGGCAUAUAAUGAUAACAGCUGUGCCUUUAAUGUCAAAUGUGAUGGUGGAAAAGGCACUCACAUAGAGAAUAAAGUAAGUUCUGCUGCAGCAAACCCUUACCUGGUGCUUGCUGCUACUAUUGCUGCAGGUCUAGAUGGAAUAAAGAGAGAACUUAGGUAUGAUGGUAUGCUCCAAGAAGAAAAUCACACUGCUGAUCUGAAACAUUCAUCAGUCCCUCUGAAACUAGAAGAUGCUCUUGUUGCACUCAAGAAAGAUUCUUGCAUUAAGGAAGCAUUAGGCGAAACUUUUAUCCGAUACUUUGUUGCUAUGAAACAUUAUGAGUUAGAAACUGAAGAAAUGGAUAGUGAAAGGAAUAAAUGCUUGGGGUAUUUUAUUUAG